UUGGCGUUUCCUUUUCGGAGAACAGACAGCGGAAAAAGAGAGGAGGUUCCUCUCUCAUAUCAACACAAGGACAUGUCUGACAUCAUCUGUAAUACGUGCUCUUAACUGUACCAUUCUGAGUAUAUUUACAAGUUGUUAUUUACUUUGUCUUUUGGUAAAUACUAUCUUUAUUGGAAAGGCAGCAACAAACCAAACGCGAAAUGAACGGAGCAGCAUUCCCUUCCCCCACAGCAGAGAUGGCAGAGAUGAACCGUAUCCAGUAUGAGCUGGACUACACUGAAGGGAUCAGCCAGAGGAUGCGCAUCCCUGAGAUGCUCAGAGUGGCUCCUCAAGCCCACGAGGAUCCUAAUCUUGGAUCUCAGGAGGUCCCCCACAGUGUCGCAAUGCAAGUCCCAGAGAGAAUUGUAAUUGCGGGAGACAGUAGUGACCCCCAGUUCUCCAGACCUAGAGACCUGGACCUAAUCCAGUCAACACCACUAGACACCCUAUCACUGAAGACUCCACCCAGAGUCCUCACCCUGAGUGAUCGGCCCCUGGACUUCCUGGAAGAGGAGCAGCGUGCAGCUCCAGACAGUGAAGAGGUGUUGCGGCCCCAAGCACGAGUACGACGGGAACGUUCAGCCAGUGAGAAUGCUGCUGCCCGUCAUAACAGUCCGCUGACGCGCAACGAUUCUGCUGCGACCCCGUCCCCCCCAGCCACUGUUCACCCUUGCCCCCUUCUCACCGUGACUGAGGAAGAACACAACCUGUACAGCGCUAGCAGUGUUCUAUCUUUCAUCCAGUCCACUACACGUCGGGCCUACCAGCAGGUCCUGGAGGUCUUGGACGAGAACCCUCGCAGCAAACCAUCACUGCGAGGGGGGUCGGCCAUGAGCUCCAACCCCCUGCAUGACUCCAGGCUUGCAUUAUCAACAUAUGAAGGCACACUGGAUGCGGGGCCUGAUGACAUGACUGUGGUUGAUGCAACGACGCUUCGACGUCAGCUCAUCAAGUUGAACCGGAGACUCCAGCAUUUGGAAGAGGAGAACAAGGAGCGAACAAAGCGAGAGAUGAUCCUGUACUCGGUCACUGUAGCUUUCUGGCUCGUCAACACCUGGGUGUGGUUGCGACGCUAGAGCCGAGCACAUAGAGUAUUUCUGCCAUCACCACGACAGAAGAACGUACUAUCCCUUAUUCUACGUGUCAAAUGUUAGCUACUCGCUGCACUCAGUCCCUGUGUGAGGAAGACCUUGUA